GCAUGAGGAUCAGAGAGGUGGAGCUUCCUCCUUGAAGAUGCACAGCCUGGAUCCUCACUUUGACCAUACCAGUUAGACCCUGCUGUCCCUCUACCCUCUGAAGCAGGCAAUCACAGCCAGCCCCUCCCCUGCUUCCUCAGACAGCUCCUGUGAUUUGAAUAACCAAGCAGGCUGCUGGAUGUCCGGUGGUGACUGAUUUGCUUGGCAAACAGAUUCUCAGGUCCUUAGCCCUACUAGUACUAUGGGAGGACACUCAGCCCCACUGGGGUCUCUGUUUUCUCUCCCUACCCCUCAAGAGCCACCUAGGCUCUAGUCUUGCCCUUGCUUGCUCUGCUGGGGGCCCUAGCACUGGUGGGGACUGGAGACUGCCUUCAGGAUCCUGGCAGAGGAAAAGGGAGAGAAAUGGCAGGGCCCAAGGCAGAGGUAACUGGAGCCAGUGGAGUCUGCUUCCUGGGCCUGUCACGAAAUUUGCAUGGAGAGAAUGAGGCUCCUCCGAGGCUGUCCCCUCCCUUCCCACCUGGGAGAGUCAUCCUGGGCCUGAGGUCUGACAGCAGGUGGAGAAGGCAGCCGUGUACGUGGAGCUGUCUCACUAUUCCCGGAGGUGAUGCCCCGUGUCUUCCUGGUCAGGAGUCGGCGUCCACAGCCACCCGACUGGGGCCACCUGCCUGACCAGCUCCGGGGAGAUGCCUAUGUCCCAGGUGGGCCCCUCACUGGGCCUGGAGUUGGGGGGCAGGAGACACAAAGCAUCACCAUCUGGCUUCUCUCCUCAGACUGCAGCAGCCUGGGGGGGCCACCAGCACACCAGACUUCUGGCCUCGGGGACUCUUGGGUGGCGCCUUCCCAAGGCGCUCUGACCACCACUCCCAGGGGCCCUGGGACACUUGGCUGCCCGCUCUGCCCCAAGGCCUUCCCGCUGCAGCGCAUGCUGACCCGGCACCUCAAGUGCCACAGCCCCGCGCGCCGCCACGUGUGCCGCUGUUGUGGCAAGGGCUUUCACGAUGCCUUCGACCUCAAGCGCCACAUGAGGACUCACACAGGGAUCCGACCAUUCCGUUGUGGAGCUUGUGGGAAAGCAUUUACGCAGCGCUGCUCGCUUGAAGCACAUCUUGCCAAGGUGCAUGGGCAGCCAGCCAGCUACGCUUACCGUGAGCGGCGUGAGAAGUUGCACGUGUGCGAGGACUGCGGCUUCACCAGCUCGAGGCCCGACGCCUAUGCGCAGCACCGCGCCCUGCACCGCGCUGCUUGACACGGUGCAUCUCGCAUCCAACCCAUGAGAAGCAAAUAAACAGAAGACAUGCGCACACAGAACAC